CUCAGGGAAAUGUCUCUUAAAUGGACAAACUCAAUAGCCAACACCAACGACAUCGAUCCUACGUUUUUUAAUGACUACAAAACCACAGUAAAGACUUUGCCCUAUGAAGACUUACUAACGUCCUACCAACCAAACGUGUCCUACCACUACAAUCCUGAUGCCAGUAAUUACCAUUAUGGUGUUGGGCAUCCAAUGAAGCCAUUUAGAUUGAAAUUAACUGACCAUCUCAUUAUUUCUUAUCAAUUAUACAAAAAAAUGGAUUGCUAUCUUCCUAGACCUGCAACUAAAGAGGAGUUGCUAGAAUUUCAUGAUGAGGAUUUUAUCAAUUUUUUAGCCACGAUAACACCAGAAAACUCCAACAAAUAUGCUCAGCUAUUGAAAAAAUUUAACAUUGGUGAUGAUUGCCCAGUAUUUGAUGGAAUAUAUGAUUAUUGUAAAUUAUACGCUGGCGGUUCAUUGGAUGCUACAAGAAAACUAAUAUCAGGCAUGAGUGAUAUCGCUAUAAACUGGUCUGGUGGUUUGCAUCAUGGCAAAAAAAGAGAGCCUUCAGGCUUUUGCUAUGUUAAUGAUAUUGUUCUUUCCAUUUUAAAUUUAUUGCGGUACUAUCCAAGAGUUCUUUACAUUGAUAUUGAUUUGCAUCAUGGUGAUGGUGUGCAGGAAGCAUUCUAUACCACUGAUCGCGUAAUGACCUGCUCUUUUCAUAAAUAUGAUGGAAUGGAGUUUUUCCCAGGCACUGGAAAUUAUGAUGAAGUAGGUAUUGGAAGAGGGAAACACUACGCUAUAAACGUUCCUCUAAGAGAUGGAAUCGAUGAUGAUACAUAUGUCAAAUUAUUUAAAUCAAUUAUUGAACCUGUAAUUUCCACUUUUCAGCCAAGUGUCAUUGUUCAGCAAUGUGGAGCUGACUCUCUAGGACAUGACAGAUUGGGUCGUUUUAAUCUUAAUAUUAAAGGCCAUGGUGAAUGUGUGAAAUUCGUUAAAUCUUUUGGUUUGCCGAUGCUAGUAGUGGGUGGUGGUGGUUAUACUCCCAAAAACGUAAGCAGAUUAUGGUGUUAUGAAACCAGUAUAAUGAAUGAUGUUCAACUAGAUAAUAAAUUGCCCAAUAACCUUCCAUUUAGAGUUUUUUUCAAUCCAGAUUGCACUUUACAUCCAAAUUUAGAUGGAAAAUUUGAAAACAAAAACAACAAGAAAUAUCUCGAUAGUAUAAGAAUUCAAAUAUUGGAAAACUUGCGCUUUCUCAAUGGUGCUCCCAGCGUUAGAAUGGAUGAAAUACCACCAGAUUUAAGUAAACUAACUGAAGAAGAAGAAAAAGCUAUCCAUGAUUUGAAUGAAGAAAUGGAAAAUGAAGAUGAUCGUUAUCUCAAAAUGCAAAAAGACGACAUUAGAAUGGGAGAGCUAGAAGACUGAUUAUAUUAUAUCUAUACCUGCCAUGCCAUAUUUGUUAUUGUACUUUUAUUGUACUUUUAUUGUUAUUGCAAUUUUUUUUUAUAUUAUUUUAAUUUUUCAUAUUCGAUUUAAAUGGCUGAGUUUUAAUGUAUGUUGUAUUUUUAGCGCUGAUCUAUUCAAAUGUAUCUGAUCAACAAAAGUGAUAAUGAUUGAAACUAUCCACGAGUCUUUUCUGCUUAUUGAUUCGAUAGGACUCGUAGCUUCAAUUCUAUUCAGUUCAAGUGAUGAUAAAUAUCGCCAGAAUGAGAUAAACCAGUUUUUGAUUCAUUCUAGCAAAAACAUUGAGAAUUACUCCAAACGAAUCAACCAUGCUGGAGAAAGGAUAUUAAUUCAAUUGAUCUCCACCAAUCCAUUGAAUUCAGAACU